AUGUCCUACACCAUCGUCCUCUUCGUCACCCGCAACCCCAAUCUCACAUCGGAAGAAUUCAGAGACCACUAUGAGCACACGCACAUACCUCUGGCCCAUUCUCUCCUCGCGACGUGCUGGCCGAUCGAGUUCAAACGUCGCUACCUCGCGCGGAUUAGCCGGAAGGGUUUCGGUGGACCGGCAAAUCCAGACCGACCACCUCUGAUGCUAAGGGGCGAAAUGAUGGAGCUCGACUGUGACUGCAUCGCAGAAAUGACCUUUGACAGCGAACGUCGUUUCCAAGAGUUCUACAAGAAGAUAUAUGCAAAAGAGAACGCAGCUAUUCUGGCAAGAGACGAGGAGAAGUUCCUGCAAAAAGGAAAAACAAGGGUCAUUGUCGUAGGCGAGACUUGGAGCACGGAUGAACACGGCGUCACUACAAGUGAGAUGGGCUACGUCUGCAAGAACGAGAGGUCGGACAGUGAAGCCAGUGGUAGUGGCGGAAGUUGA